ACGCAACAAACUUGCAUUCAGACAUCGAUUUUAACAGCGUUUCAAACGCAAAGCUGCAAAUCGCAUUUAUAAGCGUUUGCGUUUGAAUUUUUUUUUUUUUUUUUUUAACUUUUCCAGUUUCCAAUGCUGACCAGAGCCUUUUUUCAUCAUGAAAAAUGCAUGCAAAGCGUUUUCAAGGUACUCAGAUGGACAAAACACUGAACACAGGAUGUUCCUACCAAGCUUGUCACACAUUGGAAUGACCAAUUCACACCUCAGACCUCUCCCACCCUUGGAAACAAAAGAUAUGUUAAUGCCCAUUCACACCUCAAAUGCCCCAUGA